GUCAUUCUUACCUUACCACGCGACUUGCGCUGAUGCAUCUCGUGACUAAUCGAUCGCUCGCGUACCUUACGAUCCGUUAUCGUAAUUAUCACAUAUGGUUCCACCCAUGACCGCAAUAUCAGACAGACGAUAACGAGAACCAAGUGUGACCAAGUGUCAGCCGAUGCUCCUGGAAUAAGAUCUACUUGAUCGUCGCGGCACGUUACUUUCAACCACAAAAAUGGGCUCACUUUUUCGCAGCGAGGAGAUGACUUUGUGUCAGCUGUUCCUCCAAAGUGAAGCCGCGUACGCUUGCGUCUCCGAGCUCGGCGAGCUCGGUUUGGUACAGUUUCGCGACUUAAAUCCCGACGUCAAUGCUUUCCAACGGAAGUUUGUCAACGAGGUACGACGUUGUGACGAGAUGGAACGCAAGCUGCGCUAUCUGGAGAAAGAGAUCAAGAAGGAUGGCAUCCCAAUGCUGGAUACCGGAGAGAACCCAGAGGCUCCCCAGCCCCGGGAGAUGAUCGACCUGGAAGCUACCUUCGAGAAACUGGAGAACGAGUUGCGGGAAGUAAAUCAGAAUGCUGAGGCGCUCAAGCGUAACUUCCUGGAACUAACCGAACUCAAGCAUAUUUUGCGAAAGACUCAGGUCUUCUUUGACGAGGCUGAGCAUGGAGGUGUCGUGUCGCAGAUGGCAGAUCCCAGCCGUGAAGAAGAGCAAGUUACUCUGUUGGGUGAGGAGGGCCUCCGCGCCGGCGGCCAGGCUCUCAAGCUCGGCUUCGUCGCAGGAGUCAUCCUGAGGGAACGCAUCCCCGCAUUCGAGCGCAUGCUGUGGCGCGCGUGUCGUGGAAACGUCUUUUUGCGUCAGGCGGAAAUUGAGACUCCUCUAGAGGAUCCUUCAACGGGAGACCAGGUGUACAAGUCAGUCUUCAUCAUUUUCUUCCAAGGUGAUCAGUUAAAGACUCGUGUGAAGAAAAUCUGCGAAGGCUUCAGGGCGACUUUGUAUCCCUGUCCAGAAGCUCCAGCAGAUCGCAGAGAAAUGGCUAUGGGCGUUAUGACUCGUAUCGAAGAUUUGAACACUGUCUUAGGACAGACGCAGGAUCAUCGUCAUCGUGUUCUCGUAGCUGCUGCAAAGAACAUCAAAAACUGGUUUAUUAAAGUCCGCAAGAUUAAGGCAAUCUAUCAUACUUUGAAUCUUUUUAAUUUGGAUGUUACUCAAAAAUGUCUGAUUGCCGAAUGCUGGGUGCCUGUCUUGGACAUCGAGACUAUCCAACUAGCAUUAAGACGUGGGACGGAACGCAGCGGGAGUUCUGUUCCUCCUAUUCUGAACCGCAUGGAGACUUUUGAGGACCCACCAACGUACAAUCGAACGAACAAGUUCACGAAAGGGUUCCAGGUGUUGAUUGACGCUUAUGGAGUUGCAUCUUACCGCGAAAUGAAUCCUGCGCCCUACACCAUUAUUACAUUCCCAUUCCUAUUCGCGAUAAUGUUCGGUGAUACCGGCCACGGCCUCAUUAUGUUCCUGUUCGGUGGUUGGAUGGUGCUGAAGGAGAAGCCAUUGGCGGCUAAAAAGAGCGAUAACGAAAUCUGGAAUAUUUUCUUCGGUGGCCGUUAUAUCAUCUUUCUCAUGGGCAUGUUUUCCAUGUACACCGGUCUAAUUUACAAUGAUAUAUUCUCCAAGUCUCUCAACAUCUUUGGCUCUAAUUGGUUGGUGAACUACGAUCGCAGCACCAUUCAGCACAAUAAAGAGCUGCAACUGAAUCCCAAUUCGACGGAUUAUAUCGAUUAUCCGUAUCCGUUCGGUAUGGAUCCGGUGUGGCAGCUGGCGGAAAAUAAAAUCAUCUUCCAAAACUCGUAUAAGAUGAAGAUUUCCAUCAUCUUCGGCGUGCUGCACAUGUUGUUCGGCGUGAUGGUGGGAUUGUGGAAUCAUAUGUACUUUAAGAAGCGCAUGAAUAUUACUUGCGAGUUUGUGCCACAGAUAAUCUUCCUUUGUGCGCUGUUUCUCUAUAUGGUGAUCCUCAUGUUUGUCAAAUGGAUCAAAUAUGGUCCGAAAAACGAUCCGAUCGAUGGUCCCGGCUGCGCACCCUCGGUUCUCAUUACUUUCAUCAACAUGGUUCUUUUCAAACCUUCCACCAAAGUCGGCAAUUGCGAUCCCUACAUGUAUGGCGGUCAGAGCGGCUUGCAAAAGUUUCUAGUGGUCGUAGCUCUGCUCUGCGUACCAUGGAUGCUGCUAGCAAAGCCGAUCAUGAUGAUGCGCAACCGUAGAAAGCAGCAUUAUCAGCUGAAUAAUCAUGGUGCUGAGAAUGGCGACGUGGAAGCUAGCAUGGGAGCUCUCCAGCAGAGCGGAGGUGUUACUCAAAGUGGUGGCCACAAAGAGGAGGAAGAAGAUAUGACAGAAGUGUUCAUCCAUCAGGGCAUUCACACUAUUGAGUAUGUUCUUGGGAGCGUGUCGCAUACUGCAUCCUACUUACGUCUUUGGGCCUUGUCUUUGGCCCAUGCCCAGUUGUCUGAGGUGUUGUGGAACAUGGUAAUGAGAAACGGUCUGGCGAGGGAGGGUUGGGAUGGUGGUAUCGUCCUCUACGCUGUCUUCGCCUUUUGGGCGGUGCUCACCGUAGGCAUUCUCGUACUUAUGGAGGGUCUUUCGGCGUUUUUACAUACACUUCGGUUACAUUGGGUGGAGUUUCAGAGUAAAUUCUAUACUGGUUUGGGUUAUAGCUUCCAACCGUUCUCCUUCGAGAUCAUCCUCGAUGCUGCACAGGCCACUACCGAAGAUUAAAAAAAUCGUCGUUAAUUAAUGACUGACCUUGCUUAUUAUUAAUACGAAUGCGAGGGCGUUAUGAAUACAAUAGCUGCUGAUUUAUACAAGUCAGUUAUGAAUAAUUAACAAGCAAAGUAACCUUUACGAAUAUAAAUGUGUACCCAGAGUAUCGAUUAUAAUAAUCGAUCGAAAGAACGGAAAUUAAUUCCUCUUUAUCUCUUGUGUAGUCUUUUAACUAUAAACUGAAUUUUGAUCGAACCACAUGAUUUGUAACGCACACAAGAUCAUGACAAGAAAAUAUUUUCAUGAUAUUAUGAAUAUCUUCCCUGUGGUCGAGAGAUUAGAUUAUAAUUAAAUUCAAUAUCUAAAACCUUUCUCUCUAAAUGAAGUAUUGAUUUAUACCUUUCUCGUCCGUCUAAUAUUAGAAAUCUCUUGUGAUUUUAAAAAUCUUUAUGCGAGAAUACAGAAUUCUUUAUGCACAUCGUAGCGUCUGUAGAUCUGAAAACAAAUGUAUGUCGCGUCGGCGACCGAUUGAUGUUAUUCCAUAUAUCUGUAUGUAAUAAAAAAAUGUGGCAUAUUGAAAAG